AUGAGAUUGCUCUUUGGCUUUAUAUGUGUGCUGCUUGCGGCAAGGCAGGUGGCAAGAUGCAGACCCAUGGCUUACAAUGAGAUGCUGCCGUGCCUGAGCAAGGCUGUGGGCCGCGUGUGCGGAGAGGACGUGUAUGUGAGCCCGGAGUGGGUGGGGCACCCAGUGUGUGCGUCCACGCUUGUCUGGCUGGGGUAUGUGCACAACAUGCGGAGGUACUCGUGCGGGCUGGACACGAGCUCCAGCCUGGUGCCGAGCGGGCGAGUGGACAAAUAUGGAGAAGAGGUGUACACGUACACGCGAGAGCCGGAGAAGGACCGGGCACACCUUCCGGACAGCAUUGCGAGCGCAGCGGCGUUUGCAGGAGACAGAGGAUACAGCGUGGCGUUCCACCGCGCGCUGGUGCAUAUGUUUGGCCUGCAGAAAGACAGCGGAUCGGCAUACGAUCGCCUGGCGGUUGAAACUGGACGGGCGUGCUCGUUUACAGAGUUUCUCCGGGAGAGCUGCCGAACAAAAAAAGAGGCGCACAGUGUGCUGGCUGCGCUGGUUCUGCUGAGCGAGGGCGUUGACGUGCCGAUUGAGACAGCUGGGAACAGAGUGAUUAUAAAAAAAAGAAAAGACAGCGAGGACGUGCUGGUGGAUGUGUGCGUGCCAGCUGUGAAGAGUGGAGAAAGGCAGCCAUCCGAGACGUGGCAGGUGGUGAACUUCUUCAAGCGGUACAGAGGCAUAUACAGGCUGCCGAGCACGUACGAAGAGUUUAAAACGGGAGACUUUCUGGAGAGCCCGCAGCUUCUGAUUCUCACGUACGUAGGCGAGUACGUGAAGAGCGCGGAAGAGCUUAUGUCUGUGCUGGAGUGUGCGUUCAAGCUUGUGGAGGGCAUGGGGCUGGCAGAAAGCCUAAAAGACGCGAACAGCGUGGUCGGGCGGAUGUUUGUGCCUGCGAGCCGGCUGCCUGAGGCCGAAAAGUAUCUGGGCCCGUUUCUAGAGGGGAUUUCCGCUCUAGCGGCCUUGGACCACUUGAGAGAGUUUGACCGCCUUCAAGGCGAAACCAAAUAUGCGGUCCUGAUUGACAGGGCCUUAGACGGGAAAAAGAGGUACAUUGACGAGCGUGGCACGAACUGUAGGUUUCUUGGGGCGUGUCUGCUCUUCCCGUGCCUGGCAUACGACCCGGAGAAGAACGGGUACCGCCUGGAGGGCCUGCUGACCGGGGCCGAGAACACGGAGGAGGUGGCCAAAACCAGGGCGUUUUUUGAGGCGGUGCAGAAGAGCAUAGAAGAGAGUUUUCCUUUGGGCUGGCUGGAGGAAGGACAGGCGCAAAAAUACAGGAGGCUGUGGCUCAUGGUGCAUGCGCAGUUCGUGGAGGCGCUGGGGAUUUUGGAGCCGACGGUUCUAAACCAGAUGCGCGUGCUUGCACAGAUGACCGGGCGGCCGCAGGGUGUCGUGGACGAGCUGGCAGCACACCAAGCGGCGAUGGAUGCGGAAAAAAGGACAAAGCUGGGCCCCGAGGCGAUCGAGAGCGUUUGCGCGCUGCUGCGCUCAAUAGCGGUGGACAAAGGUGUGAAGGUGAAGAUUAGAGAGGACUAUGGCUCCUUUAGAGAGAAAGAAUGCAUGCUUAUAAUAAAUCGUCUGCCCGAAUGCGCCAACAGAUGUGAAAUGAUAUCGGUGUUCACACAAGAAAAGACUUGGAUGAUACAUCUAGAUCUGCCAUACCGAACUCUUUCUGAUAGAGAUUGGAACGUGCUGGAUGAGGCACGUAUGCAGUACAGAAAGGAUGCGCGGGCCUCGGGCUUUGUGCUUGCGGUGUGCAUGCACCGAAUGGCGGCUGCGAAAGACACUUUAAACUUUCCAGGCACAACAAUCGAAGAUGUGCAGGAAGCUGCGCGGUGGGCAGUUGAGUGCAGCCCGGCCAGGCCUGCCGGCGUGCUUAUGGCGCUGCCAGCUAUGACCAAUUACUUCAGGGGGGAGCUUGUUUCUGCGCUGGUGCUGUAUGCCGGGCAGAAGAAGAUUGCGCUGACUCCGGCGCACCCGGUGGGCCGGCUGGUUGCGAACGUGAUAGGGAGCAUCGACCUUAGCGACCCGAAAAACCAGCAUUUUAUCCUGAGUGCGCCUGCGGUCACCGGCAUUCUGCGGGCGCUGUGCCCAGCGCUGCAGCUGUCUGAAAAGUCGCAGAUGGAGCUUUGGAACUUAUACACGCGUAAUAUGCAUUUCGGGCAGUAUUCCCCCAGAAAGGCCGAUCUGCUUACACGGGAAAGCCUUAUGUGGUAUCUUCGAGCGUAUGCAGAGGAAAAAAAUGAGCCGCUGUUCAGGUGUGAGCUGCUGCAUGGGCAUGCAGAUAUAGCCAAGCAUAGCACGUGUCUGUUUGCGACGGACCCGGUGGCAUCCCUAGAAGAGAUGUGCGCGCUCGUUUUGGCUGAUCACACAGGAGAAGACCUGGUGACGGCCAAGGCCCUGGCCAACGCGCUGCGGCUGUCCUGGCUGGCGGUUCUUUUGGAGGGGGGCUUGGAGGAGAAUCAAGACGCAAUUGUCGAGAUUUACAAGACUGCUAAGCCGGGGCAUCUUGAAAAAGAGCUUAGCAGGCUUUGCGAUUUUUGGCUUGACGCAGAUCUAGACUCUACACUAGACGGCCUGGAUAGAGCAAGGAAUGCUCUUGUGAGGGAAGGCGGUUGCGCAAAGUUUGAAGCGCUGCAUGAACUCUACCGCCAAGUAUGCAUUAGAUUCCGGGGUUGA